GUUUAUGCAACAAUAUAUAAUUAGGUAUAUAAUGUGAUGGUUCGUGGAAUAGAUAUUAUUUUUAAAGUUCAAUAAAUUUUAAAAAUGUCUUAUUUUCCGAUAAUUUUCAUUUGCAUUCAAAUCUGUUUGAUACAGAACGCUUUUAGUCAGUGCCUUGGAGCAGCUGGACCAAUAGGGCCUGGGUAUGGGGUCGGGUAUGGACCGGCUAUUGCCCCAGCUGCAGCAGGAUUGGCUUCUUAUGGCUUGGGUGGUCUAGCGGCUUCACCAUUCGGUGUAGCCCCAACUGCUAUCGAACUAGCACCUGGAUAUGGUGGUACAGGUGUUGGUGAUAUCGCAGUCGCAGGUGAGAUGCCAGUGGUUGGUACCACUCUUGUCGCUGGACAGGUACCGAUUCUAGGUUCUGUACGAUUUGCUGGUGAUCUUCCAGCUGCUGGUACUGUCUCCAUCGCCGGUAGCUGUGGUUGUGGCUGUGGUAGUCCUUAUUAUUAUUAAGUUUUUCAUUCUUAGAUAUAAAAUAAAUUAUUUUUCAACAUUA